ACACACACACACACACACACACACACACACACACACACACACACACACACACACACACACACACACACACACUCCCUCUCUCUAUCUGAGGCCCAAAAGAGGAGCUUCUAUAAAAGAUCUGGGUCAGAAACGGGACAGAGAAAGAGAGUGACAGGAUAAACAGAGUGUCUUUGGAAAACAUGGACGACUCUCUCCAUGUGAAUCCCUGAAUCCCAGCCCUAUUCCCAGCCUCCCAGCCCCCCCCCCCCCCCCCCCACACACACACAGAUAAAUCCAGAGCCACCGAGAGAGAGAAACCAUAUGUACUUUUGUUGUAAGGAAAAUAAGAAUUCUCACUUUUUAUUGGAUACCAUGAUGUGGGGUCACAAAUUCUGGUUCCUGCUUCUGAGCCACUUCCUGCUGUCUGACCUGGCUCAUUCCCAAGCUCUGCCCCCUCCUCGCUUCAAGAACAGAAUUGGGUCUGACAUUUUCUCCAUCAUUCCUCCAUCUUCAUCUCCAAUCUCACUAGAAGAAGCAAGGGCCAUCCGAGAUGAAGAACCUCACAGUGACCCCAUCCAGCAUCUGGUCUCUGGCCUUACAGAAUCUUUACACGGUCUUGUGCAUCUCCACGAAAAUUUGAGCUGUGCAGAGCUGGAGGCAGGGCCUUGGAAAGGGGCAGGGUUUUCACAUGAGCUGCUGGGCUUGAUCAUGGUACCUGUACUGGCGUCUGCAGGAUGUGAACCUGAAGCUGAGGAACUGGUAAAGAAUUUGAUCAUGAUGCUGGGAUGGGAAGAUACACAGGAACUUCUGGCGCACAUAGUUGGUCUGAUGAGUAGGUCAUCUCUACAUCGUUCAAAUUCUGUAUCCAUUCCAUCCAAACCAAGUGGUCAUUCAGGACACCACCUGCAAGCCGUGAUGUUUAACAUCCAGCAGCUUGCUGAGGAUGAAGAUGUUCCUAGCUUGGAGAAGCGAUGUCAGGGUUGGAUGAGGAUGAAGGACAUGGUGUUAUUAGGUCGGAAGCUUGAUCAUGUAAAGAUGCAUCUAAGUGAAGCAAAGCAUGUUUGCCAAAAUCUGGGAUUUGUUUGCGCAGGCGUGACAAAGGAAGAUCCCACCAGCCCAAAGUUGUACCACAUCAUUCUCAGGCCUGGCAGUUGGCUCAUGCCAUCACCUCCUCCUAACCAAUCAGAAAGCUGGAUUCAGAGCUGCAGGGUGUUGCCUGUACGCUGGCGCAGGCACACUGCUCAUCAGACAGAUUGUACAAAUGAAAAAGAGGAGCGUGUGUAUAAAGUCGUGGAGUGGAUCCCUGCAGUGUCCACACUCUAUAACCUUGGCACUGCUGUUUAUUAUGCCUCUAUGAGCUGCUCAGAAACAGCAAAAGAAAGAGCCUUGAUGAGCACUGUGGAUCUGGGAACCGACGCUAUCGUAGCAGCUACAGGCGGCACAGCUGGCAUAGCCGGGUAUGCCCUGGGGGCAGGGAUAAAAACAAGCAUAAAAGCCGGAGUUCGAUAUCUGCUGAACAGAAUGAAUCAGGAGGAAGACCUGCUCAUGAACCAAAACAGCUGGGAGGACGGAACCAUUAUUUUUCAAUAA